GGGAAAUUCAAGUAGUCCGUGUCUUCCAUUUUUCGGCUCGCCUUUGGGGAACUUUUCAUUUGGACUUUAGAGCAAAAUUUUGUGUGCAAAAAUGCUGAGUUUAGUGAUAAGACGCUGCGGUGGGUGCAGUCGGGUUAUCAGUGGGGCCUUUGGGGCUACAGUGCGCGCCGCAUCAACAACCUCCCACCGGGAAUUAGCGAAUUUCCCUAAAACCCAACUGAAUUUCCUCCUGCCCAAAGGUUCGUGCAGUUCAGCCAGGAAUUUCUCAAGUGAAAGUAUGAAGAUUGCCACCUAUGAGGAAGUCAAGGAUCUCUGCAAUCAUCCGGAGAAACUUCUCAUUGAUGUCAGGGAGCCACAUGAGCUGCUUGAGACGGGAUCCAUUCCCACGUCCAUCAAUAUUCCAUUGGGACAAGUGCAGACAAUUUUUUCGGAUGAAACCUCAAAUGAGGACUUCCGGGGGCGCUUUGGCCGGGAGAAGCCAGCAAAGGAGUCCCAAAUUAUUUUUAUGUGCAAAAUCGGUGUUCGCAGCGGAAAAGCCGCCGAUGCGGUCACUCAAAUGGGCUACCGCAAUGCCAAGAACUACAAAGGAUCCUGGACAGAGUGGGCAGAGAAGGAGAACCUCCCGAAUCCGCAAAAGUAAUAAAUCCCGAGAAUGGCGGGAAUUUUGUGAAGAGAAGUUGUUGAUGAAUAAAAUGCAUUUUAGAGCAAAA